UACACCACUGGCUGCCUAUCAUAGUGUGACUGCGAUAUUCAUUACCCGGUUCAUAUGCGGAUUGGCUGAGAGUGGAUCCUAUCCGUCGAUGUACUCGUUUAUGUCACGCUGGUCUCCUUCUGCAGAUCGGAGCAUUCUCCUUGCGAUAACUUACUCAGGUCUACCACUCGGCAACAUAGUGAUUCAACCAAUCUCCGGUGUCUUAGCUGAAUCGCCGUAUGGAUGGCCGUCAUCUUUUUACCUGAUGGGCGUAUUAGGUAUCGUAUGGUUCGUCUUUUGGGCACUUUUCGUCUAUGACUCCCCCAAUUCCCAUCCAAGCAUGAACCCGGAAGAGAAAGCAUACAUCAUCCGUGACCUUGAACUUUGGAAAAAGCCUCCCACUUCGUAUCCAUGGUUACACAUCCUCACCUCGCCUCCAGUUGCGGCUGUUUUAGUUGCUGAUUUUGCCAUCUUGUGGAUCCUGCAUUCUCUAACAACCAAUCUACCGAUAUUUCUGAGCGAAGCUCUUAGAUUCGACGUUAUCAAAGCUGGGGCUCUUUCAGCAUGUCCGUACGUCGCCCUCUUUAUUGUCAUGUUAGGAGGCGGCUUUCUAGCUGAUUGCUUGAUUUCUAAAACCAAUCUUUCUAGAACUCUAAUCAGAAAACUAAUGACCUCUCUAGGACUGGUCUCCUCCGCUGUGUUUAUGGUGGCAUCUGGAUACACAGGCUGUAACGGUACUGCCACCGUGACGACACUCUCUCUCGGUCUAGCUUCGACAGGAUUUGUCUACUCUGGAGCGUCCCUCACGCAAAUGGAGUUUGCGGCACCCUACGCUGGAAUGGUAACGGCCAUCACGAACACUUUUGCGAACACGCCUGGGUUUUUGGCGCCGAUGAUCGCGGGUGUUGUCACUGAAAAUCAGGCUGACAUGCUCGGAUGGCGCACGAUGUAUUGGAUCGCGUUUGGGAUCGCCAUCUUUGCCGAGGUAUUCAUUCUUUUUUUCUGCUCUUCCAAACCACAGUCUUGGGCCAUGAUAGGUGAAGAUGGACAGAAAACGAGCGGAUACGACGAAAUAAAGUGAAAAAUGGCUUACCUGGCACCCGGAGCUGAAAGAAUGGCAACUAUUGUAACUUUUGCCAUUGUUGUUAAUUACCAUGGAAACGGAAACUUUGACUGUGAUUGGCUGCUGAGUCAUGUAACACCCCGUUCCCUCCGUCAUGUGAUCCGUUACGAACCCCACGAUUGGCCUUUCGUAACUGAUCCAUUGUGAUUUUUUUUCUACGAUAAAUACGAUCCGAUACGACCUUAUACGAUCUGAUACGAUCUGAUACGAUCAUUACGAUUACCGCAAGAUUAAAACCACCGUUUCAAUCCGAUUUACGACUGGCCUUUCGAAGCUGAUCGCGAUUUUUUUUCAUUCAAAAUGUUUCUACGAUCAAUAUGAUUGCUACGGUCACCACGAUUACUCUACCAUUAAGACCACGAUUUCAAUCGUGUCAGUUCAAUUGUGACAGUGGGUACUAGGUAUUAGCCGUUUAUUAUUACAGUUAAAAUGAUUGCAACGGCUGACGUCAAGAUCUGAUACGAUCACUAUACGAUUACUCCACGAUCUAGACAACAGUUGACAAUGGGAACUAAGUAUCACAAUAAUAGUUGCCAUCAUGCCAAAGUUGCCACAGUUGAAACAGGCACCCGGGGAGCGUUUCAUCAACAUUUUCUUCCCACAAUUAAGUUGUCAAGUCUGGCCACUUUCCUUGAUUAUUAUUGGCUGAGAGGCGUUGUUA